CCACCCGCAUUCGCCCCAUACCAGGCCAGCUUCUUCGUGUCUGGUUCUGGCUCUGUCGUAUCUCAUGACCCACACCUCAACGAGGACGGCGAGGCCCUCUACCGCUUCCUCCUCGGACACGCGGCCACUCCCCCUGACUUUGUCCUCCGCUGUCGUGGCUCCCACUCUGAAACACACACCCGUCUCGUCACACACCGCGACAACGAUGGCCACACUCACCACCGCUCAGAGCACUACACAGAACGCGUCCCAGACUUUGACUUUGCGAUCGACGUGGGCCAGAACAUCGUCGGCGAGCCCAUACACUGGACCAUGCAGGACUCCACCCCUGCCUCCCGUGGCCGCAUGUUCCUCGAGGUAGGCAUCGAGGACACCAAACGCAGGGCCAAGCGCAGCGAACGCAAGCUCGCCAAGGCCUGGCAGGCAGAACGCACAGGCAAAGGUCUCCCGCCCUGGGUAGCCAUGGACUUUACCUCGGACCAUGCCAACCCUUCGCAGCCGAACACCGUCUUCAGGUCAUCCUGGACCCUCCGUCAGUGGGCCGACGACUACUGCACGAGCCAAAAGUACCUCAAAGAGUUCGACUACGAAAAGCUCGUCUACGGCUGGAACUUCGACGCCCUCAAGGCCGCCGUCCGCUCGACCAUCUUCAGCACCCACUACCGCGGCGACAUCUCCGUCGACUUCGAGACCACCGCAGCCCACGUCUCCGUCCGCUCCGACAACCCCCUCUCCCGCGCCCUCUCCAAGACCUGGGUCAAGGUCAUCCUCUCCCUCCUCCUCAUAUACCCCUUCAUCCUCCUCUACCGCCGCUACGCCAGCCACGGCGGUGGCCGCUGGGCCGUGUGCGGCGGCGCGUACGCCCUCAAGAGAAUGGAGCUCAUCGAGCCCGAGCCCGAUACCAAGGCCCCGCUGCCUGCCUUCCAGGACGACUACAUGGACGAAGAGCCACCUGCCGCCUCGAGCUCGCAGCCGUUCGGUGGUUCUUCCGAGGGCGCAUCCCGCAUCGUCGGCCUUCGGGAGGGCGAGUGGUUCCGCCAGUGGGAAGGCACGAUAAGGAGGGCCGUCAUGAACCGC